UCAUCAACAUUAACAAGAUCAGAAAAGUUGAGUUAAAUUAAAUCAGAAAAAACCGAACAAAAGUGCUUUGAUUAGAACGACAGAACUUAGUUAACAAGAAGUCAAAUACGUGACAUGUUCUGCAGAUAGGACCAAAGGAAUCUCCGUCCUUGUUUGCUUCCUUUGCAUUCUCUAUCUAUUGUCUUUUUUCACAAAAUUGCGUCACAUAGUUAUCAACAUCAUUGAUUUGAUGAUAGCAUUGGGAAGAGGAUUUUCCAUGGCAACCACCAUGGUUUUCAGAUCAGAGCUUCAACCUAUCACCCCGGAACGCUUCCUUGGCAUUGAUUCAUCUUCUUCUUCUCGUCGUAGGGACCUCGUUUUCAUCGUCAACCCUCAAGGUGCUAAUGGAAGGACGGGUAGAGAAUGGAGGAAGCUUGUUCCAUAUCUAAGGUCUCGCCUUGGUAAAGAAUGCAAUAUAUUCGAAUCCUUAACUUCAGGCCCUUGUCAUGCUAUUGACAUAACUAGAGAGGCUAUAAGGGAAGGGGCUGAUGCUGUCAUUGCUGUUGGAGGUGAUGGAACACUUCAUGAGGUUGUUAAUGGGUUUUUCUGGGCUGGAAAACCUGUUACUAGUCAAAUGAAUGAGUCUACGCGUUCAACUGCUCUUGGUCUCAUCCCCUUGGGAACUGGUUCUGAUUUUGCAAGAACAUUUGGAUGGAAAAAUGAUCCUUGUGAGGCCGUUGAACGUGUUGCUAGAGGGUUGAGAUCAAAGAUAGAUGUCGGCGUUAUCACUGGAGAAAGUUGUGAACAUCAUUACUUCGUAAAUAUUGCUGACAUUCAUUUGAGUGCGAAGGCAGGUUUUCAUGCUGCUAGGUACAAGAGAUUCGGAAAAUUGUGCUAUGUCAUUGGUGCAUUGCAAGCCUUCAUGGGGCAUCAAAAUCAUGAUCUGAGAGUCAAGUUCAAUGAAGGCGAGUGGGUUAAAUGUCCUCAAGUGACAGCCGUUUGUGUUGGUAAUGCAAAAUACUUUGGCGGCGGCAUGAAAAUUACACCAAAUGCUGAUCCUUUCACUGGAAAUUUAGAGGUUGUGAUUCUUCAGGAUUUCAAGUGGUAUGAUUUUGUCCUGAAAUUACAUAAGCUUUACAACGGGACACAUCUCUCAGUUAAAAAUGUAUCUACAAGAAGUGUACAUUCUAUUGAGGUGGAGGAUAUCUCGGGCCAGGGUGGCAUCUAUAUUCAAUCCGAUGGAGAGCAUUUGGGAUUCCUUCCAAAAAAGAUUAGUGUUCUUCCUGCUGCUGUUGAGAUGAUAUUUUGAUCCUUCUGGAGUAUAACAAAUUUGACAAAAAAAGAGAUAAUGCUGUUCAUGCCUUGUGAUUUGCUAGAUUUACAGAGGAAGAUUUUGUUUCCAUUGUGUAGGAACUAGAGUAGAUUUCAUUCCUUUUUCAUGGUCUGAUGGAGAUCAGAGAAGUCAUAACUUUGAAUUAGCGAUGGGUUGACAUUUAAUUUAUUCAAUUACUGUAACAUGUUUCUAUAGUUUUAGAAUGUAAAAAAAUGUAUAGAUUGGAAGUUUAAAAUAGUCAUCAUUUAUUUGUCUCCAAAAUUCAAAACUCCUUUGUUUAAUAAGUCAAAAUUAUAUUGUUUUAA